GGAGGGGGCAGAGGCGGUGACUCGCUGGGCUGGAGGUGGGGCCGGGCCCCCGCCGGGCUCGUGCGUCCUGCGCCCGCCGCGGCGGUGCGGAUCCCGCAGGCUCCCGAUUGUCCUUCGCGGCGGCAGCGGUCGCAACCUCUUUGCCUCCCAGCCGGGGCUGCUGGCGCCGGAGCGAGCGCGCUUCCGCGGGCACAGCUGCCCAGAGCAGGAACUGCCUGCACGGUGCAUAAAUCUUGGUGGACGGCCUGGCUGCAGGCCCUCCCAUUGGAACCCAGGCCGCAUUUCGAGUGGAUAGUGUUUGCAGCACCGAGUCCCAGCCCGUGUCUGCAUCAUGCCAGCCUUGUCCACAGGCUCGGGGAGCGACCCAGGUCUGUUUGAGCUCCUGGCGGCUCUGCCUGCCCAGCUGCAGCCACAUGUGGACAGCCAGGAAGACCUGACCUUCCUCUGGGACAUGUUUGGUGCGAAAGACCUGCAUUCACUGGUGAAGAUUCAUGAAAAGCUUCACGACUAUGAGAAGCAGAGCCCUGUGCCCAUCUUGCAGGGGGCGGCAGCCUUGGCCGAUGAUCUGGCAGAGGAACUUCAGAACGGGCCACUAAGCAGUGAGACCAGAGAGCUGUUGAAACUGCUGUCAAAACCCAAUGUGAAGGCGCUGCUGUCUGCACAUGACACUGUGGCUCAGAAGAGUUAUGAUCCGGUGUUGCCUCCCAUGCCUGAAGAUAUUGAUGAUGAGGAAGACUCAGUAAAAAUCAUUCGUCUGGUCAAAAACAGAGAACCACUGGGAGCUACCAUUAAGAAAGACGAGCAGACUGGGGCCAUCGUGGUGGCCAGAAUUAUGAGAGGAGGAGCUGCAGACAGAAGUGGUCUUAUUCACGUCGGCGAUGAACUUAGGGAAGUGAAUGGGAUACCUGUGGAGGAUAAAAGGCCCGAGGAAAUAAUUCAGAUUUUGGCCCAGUCUCAGGGAGCAAUUACAUUUAAGAUUAUACCCAGCAUCAAAGAGGAGACACCGGCUAAGGAAGGCAAGAUGUUUCUCAAAGCCCUCUUUGACUAUGACCCCUAUGAGGAUAAAGCCAUCCCAUGUAAGGAAGCUGGGCUUUCUUUCAAAAGGGGAGAGAUCCUUCAGAUUGUGAGCCAAGAUGAUGCAACGUGGUGGCAGGCGAAGCAUGAAGGUGACGCCAACCCUAGGGCCGGCCUGAUCCCCUCCAAACACUUCCAGGAAAGGAGACUGGCUCUGAGACGACCAGAAAUCUUAGUCCAGCCCCUGAAGGUUCCCAACAGGAAAUCAUAUGAGGAAACAGUUGAGUGUGAGGAAAUUAAAGAAGAUGCUGAAUGUGGUGGUAUCAGCAGUGGAACCUAUCUAGCUGGUUUUAGGAGGAGUUUCCGUCUUAGUAGGAAAGAUAAGAAAACAAACAAAUCCAUGUAUGAGUGCAAGAAGAGUGACCAGUAUGACACCGCUGACAUCCCCACCUACGAGGAGGUGACACCCUAUCGACGGCAGACUCAUGAGAAGUACAGGCUCGUCGUCUUGGUGGGUCCUGUGGGAGUAGGUUUGAAUGAACUGAAACGGAAGCUGCUGAUCAGUGACACACAGCACUAUGGCGUGACGGUGCCCCAUACCACCAGACCAAGAAGAAGCCAGGAGAGUGAUGGCGUUGAAUAUAUUUUCAUUUCCAAGCAUUUAUUUGAGACAGAUGUACAAAAUAACAAGUUUAUUGAAUAUGGCGAAUAUAAAAACAAUUAUUAUGGCACAAGUAUAGACUCGGUUCGGUCUGUCCUAGCUAAGAACAAAGUUUGCUUGCUGGAUGUUCAGCCUCACACAGUAAAGCACUUAAGGACACUAGAAUUUAAGCCCUAUGUGAUAUUUAUAAAACCACCAUCAAUAGAGCGUUUGAGGGAGACAAGAAAAAAUGCAAAGAUUAUUUCAAGCAGAGAUGAUCAAGGUGCUGCAAAACCCUUUACAGAAGAAGACUUUCAAGAAAUGAUUAAAUCUGCCCAAAUAAUGGAAAAUCAGUAUGGUCAUCUUUUUGACAAAAUUAUAGUAAAUGAUGACCUCACCGUGGCAUUCAAUGAGCUAAAAAUGACUUUCGACAAAUUAGAGACAGACACCCACUGGGUUCCAGUGAGCUGGUUACAUUCAUAAGGAAGAGAAAUUGCCAUAAUUUCCUUUUUGGUAGCGUGCACGACUGAAUCAGUUACCCUGGUGGAGGUAGGGGUUUUUAAUCUGUAUCACUGUUAUAGAUGUAAAAUCUUGGUUAAAAUCAAAUGUUGUUUUUUUUCUAUCUUCUUACAGCCUUAUUUCAAACAUAGUGUUUGAGUAAGAUCCAAGAUCAAAAUUUGCACAGUACUGUAUUCUGAGCAGAGCUUUGGACCUUCGGGUUGUCUUGAAUAUGUAUCUGUUUCCAAGGUGAGGAGGGACUUUUUAGAGAGACAGAGCUAAAGAAUAUAUAUGAGAGUUCAGCGCUUCAGCUGGUCUCAGACCCAGUCACUGGCAUUGGGUUGCAUGUUCGCUGCUGAUUGUUAACUCUGUAGCCUUGAGCAGCUCCAGUCAAGCCCUCUUUGCUGUCUUUGGGGUGGAUUAUACUUUUCUAAAAGUGCAACCUUCUCCUUAUUGAGACACAAUCAAUUCACAGGGUGUGCAUUUCAGAAUCUUUCUUUAAAGAAAUUCCUGCAAAUUUGCCUUAGUGAGUGGCCUUGUGUCAUAGCUUGAGACGGUCUUGUGAGCGUAUGUAUCAGUGACUCAACAAAUGGUUAAUAAGAGAAGGUGGACUUUUAAAAAACUAUUACAUAGGAAACCAAAAACCUUUCCGUAUGGCUUUAUCUUAGUAAGAAUGGUGAUAUCUUGGUGCAAGUAGUGAUGAUGAAAGACAUUUUUAUUUGUAAAUCCUCAGACAUUUCUGGAAUCCCCAGAAAUUCUGGAACCAGUUAUCUGGCUAUGGAUUUUUCCCACUAAAUUAGAAGGAUGAUUCUUAUUCUAAAAGGAGGUUCUCCAUGUUACUGAUACAGUUUAAGGAAAUGGGAUCAUUUUUCAAAUAUGUGCAGCUGACCACCAUAUAUUUAAAUUGCCCUGUAAGAUGUAUUUUAGAAAACUUGGUAUGUAAAGUUAACUUAUUUGUCAUCGAAAUAUUUCUUAAUACUGGCCAGAUACCACCCUAAUCUUGCCAUUUUUAAAGAAACUUGAGAAAGAUUCUUAUAUUGUAAAUAUUUAGGUGGGAUCUCUCAUUUUCCUUUGAUACUACUGAUCUUUGGCGAGUAAAUUAAACACCAGAAAUGUCCAUUCGUUGUGUAAGAGAAAUGUUCUCCCAUUCUUGAAUGCAGUUAGACCCUGCCAGUCAAAAAUCAUUGCAUCUGUGACUUUCAAACAGAAAAAAAAAAAAGAUUUAUUUUUUGUUGAUUUGUAAAGAGAGUUUAGAUGUCCUGUUUAAAGAAAAAUAGAAUGUAGUAACAUUUUAUAUAUUUAUGAAAUAGCUGAAAGGCAUAUUUUUUUAAUUAUCAAAGGGGAUAUUCAUAAAAUAAAUGGUAUGGAACAGUGUCAAAAUUUAAAAUAGUAGUUUUAUAAGUCAAGGUCGACAUUCCAUGUAAAUAUUUGACCUUUAUCUGUACACAGAUCCACAGGUGUGUCAUGGGUGCCCAGUGCAUUUCAUAGCAUGAUUCACUGGAUUUCCUUCAGACAUGUCCUAUUUCACAUCUUGAUACACACAGCAAAAUAGUGAGAUAACCAGAGAAGGUUACUUAACAACAUAAUCCACGCAGGAAGGUCUAAGCUAAUUAAAUAGUAAUAAGCAGUGUCGUUUAAAAAGGGGUUGGGAGGGUUGCCAGAUCUGAUACUGAAGCCACACUUUAAAGCGGUGUGGCUGGUCUAAGAAAAUACAAACCUUCCUUAGAUGGUUUGGGUAGAAUAGACUCUGAAUCCUGACUGAAAUUUCCGAUAAAUCCAGACUUCCUAUGCAAAGAGUAAUAGGAAAUGACAUAAUUUAGGCAGUCCGAAUUCUUUGUUCCAAACGAAUCCACGGUUUGUUUUUGCUUUGGUUUUUUUUUUUUUUUUUUUCCAUUUGCAGCUCAUUGUCUCAAUUCUUUACUGCGGGCAUAGAAGUUAUAUAGAGUGGUGGAAACAGUAUCCUUUUUGGUGGCGGUGGUGAUGGAGGUGUUAUAAAAAUGUAAUUGUCCACCCGUUCUCCAUUUUUACACUAGAGCUGAACAGUAAUUUUUAAAAUAAUGAAAAGAGGCACUUUGGCAAUAUGAGAAAUCUUUUAUCAGGGAAUAUACAUAUAUAGUCUUGCAAGUGAUGUUGACACGGCCACUUGAAUGCUCAGAAAGAGAUUCGGUUAAAAAUUUCAAAAGGCAGGGCCUAGCCAAGGGUUUGUUGAUAAAUGUUGCAAAGGGCCCUUGAUUCUGUACUUGAUUCUACAUACCGACUUCACUUUCUAGCAGGAGGGGGCUACUUCUUUAGGCAGCCUGCUCCCAAGACAGUGUCAGCACUAUUUGAGAAAAUAGGAGUAUUUAUUUUUUUAAGUCCAUAUAUUUAGAAAUCCAAGAUCAGGAAGAAGUCUAUAUUCCCAUCAUUAACAAAGUAGAAUUUUUUUUAAAAGAUGAUAUUGAAAUACAAUUUCUUACCAUUAUUUUACUUACCAAUACAGAUGUUAUCGAUAUCUUUAAGGCUGGCUUUCCCGGUGUUGUGUAAUGACUGAGUGUAUCUAAAUUGUAAUAAUUUAAAAUGGACAAACAUGUAAAACAAAACUGUUGUUAAAAGAUUCCUAAGGAUAUAGAUUUUUAUUAUUUAUUUUCUUUUUGACUAGGAAGAGUUUAUAAAUAAAUGUCAUGGAAAACCUUUGAUCUUAAUAAAGUAUCUUCAAAUUAUGUGUGU